GUAAAUCCGUCACCAACAAUGUUCAUACGAAGGAAGAGGGCACCGAGUGAAGUUGAAGAGUAAGAGAGGAAGAGGGGGAUCCGCAACUUACCUAAAGUUGAGUUUCCAGCUGCAUUGCGGAGACGCGCUCCAAGUCCUUUGCCUGCGCAACGCCCGGAACAAUCGACAUCAACAACACUGGCAGAAAAACAAUAUACACAAUUCCAUCUUUGUCCGACUCCACAAAAUUUCAUCUCUGCAAAUUGCUCAGCCGGCCUACCUCUGCUUCAUACGCGUUCCUUCGCUACUCAUAUUCUUUCGCUUCACCCUCGAUGAGCGCCGGCCGUUCUUUCGAACCAAUUGCAUCGUUACGACGUCUCCGAGCGAUGAAUGCGCUCUAGCUCAUACUACCCUUUCAAUUGUCUACUCUCGAGAGGUUGCAUGACCGGACUUAAUCAUGGACGCGUCAAAGGAUGGAUCGGAGUCCGUCGACCAGUUCCUGGCUCGAAUUGCGAGUUUGAACUCGAAGCAGGGACAAGAGGAGGCAGAACGGUCGAGAAGAAUGGAGGAAGAGAUGCUGCAAGCUAGAAAAGAAAGACAGGCUAGAAGAGCGGAACGUGCGCGUUCUCUCUCCCCUUCGAAGACCGGUCCAAUGCCCUCCUUGCGCCCCGUGGGCGAGACUGCACCGAAGCCCGGUCAAGGCAUCGAGCCCCCAGUCGCCCUCACGCCCCCUUCUCAAUCUCGGACAUUCGGGCGCGCCGGUUCUAUGUCGCCAAAGGCAGAUCGCGUUUCCGUCACGUCCCUCGACUUCUCGAGGCCUCUCCCUCCCCACCCUCUAGCUGAAAAGCCGUCCAUGCCGAGUCCGCCUACGAAUGCAACUGCUCUAUCGCGAAGCGGAACGCUAUCAUGGAAACAACGACCCUUGUCCAGAGGGACUGGUUCAUUCAGGUCAAGACCACAAUCGGUAGCAUCAAUUGCAGACAUCAGUCCAGGCCCAAAACCUGACCAGCCAAAGAACAUGGAUGAAAUGUCAAGGCAAGAGAUUGCGGCUUCCUUGGGGGCGAGAGAUCCUUCGUGGUUCCGCCAAACCGCGGACCGAGGGUCGAACUCGGCGGCAUACCGGAAGAAUGACAGUGAAACGGACAGACCUGCGUCCUUCUCCAGCCGGAGUAUGAGGCUUCCUGGAAUGUCCAAAGCCUCCAAUCGUGCUGAAGACCGUGCGAACGACGAGCCACAUUCCCCUGACCUCUCUUCAUCGCCUCCCAAGCAGGCCCCUACACCAACAUUGGACCACGCACAGACACCCGUCCUAGAACCUUCCUUGCCCAUAAGACCAGCUUCUAUGGUCUCCUCACCUUCCAGGUCUCCAACACUGGACUUGCCGCCAUUUAAGCCUUUGGGCCUUACAACAACCGCAGAUGUAGACCUGCCUGCGCUUGGGCGGACUUCCAGUGUGCUCUCUUCGGCGGAGCGCCCUCCAUCUCCUACUAAAGGUCUAGGCGGCUUUGUCCAAAGCGCAAUGAUGAAGAGAUCUGACAGUGUGAGCAAGAGAUGGAGUGUCCAGGCCAAUGCCGGCCUGAAACGGGGAGACUCUGUUGCAAAUGCCCGACCACCACAUCUCGCUGGAGUGUCUGGUUUCAGUCCUGGCCACAGUCGGAAUUCUUCGAAAGACGCUAGAGCUUUCAUGGAAGGCAAUUCUUCCCCGUUAUCGAGCUCGAGACCUGUCUCCAGUCAUGUUUCCGACGCUGUGCCUAUGAUCAGAGGCCGUCCACUGCCACAACCAGAAACCCAUGAAGCCGAGUCACAACAAGCUUCGCAAUCAGCCGACAUAGGAUCAAAGCAGGCUGAGCCAUCCACCUCAUUCUCCCAACAACACAAGGCUCGGCCAAUGACCCCACCGCCUCCGGAAUCGCCACUGGCCCGAAGUCCAUCAAAGACCAUGGACCCUCGUCGCUGGAGUCCAACUAAAGCGAGCUGGCUUGAGAGUGCAUUGAACAAGCCAGAUUCGCCCCGAUUCACGCCAGCUAAGCCAGAGAUACCCGCAUGGAAGCUGAACAUGCAACGCUCCAAAGCCGAACAGCAAGCACAGGCAACUGAAACAGCUUCUAUUGGCUCAAAGCCGGCCACAGCAACAGAAGUCCUUCAGUCACCUCCCUUAAGGUCAGUAUCACCAAGAAGGGAGCUGCUUUCCGAAAAAACUGAUAGUAUCUCUAUGCCAAAAAGUGGCGCGUCCAACAGAAGUGCGCCGGUGUUGUCUUCAAAGCCAGAGAUGGACGCUUCUUCGGCCACCAAGCAGCCUGUAAUAGAGGGAAAAGAGGGCAAACCGACUGUUCCGUCGAAGAGAAACAUCACUCCUAUGUCCGUUCGAACGUCAUCCAAUGACAAGAAGGAAGAAGCUGCCCCGGAUGCAGGGCCGAAGCAGGACUCUGUCGAGAAGGUCGAACUGCGAUCAGAUACCAAGCCUCCCAAUGUCAAACCUAAGCCGCAGACACCGCCUAAAACAGAUUUCAGAACGAAUCUCAAGUCGCGUCAGGCUCCGCCCACGGCCGGUAACGGUUCCGAACCCGAGUUCAAAGCAGUGUUUGGCAAGUUAAAGCGGACUCAGACUCAACAUUAUGUCGCACCGGACACGCUCAAAGACAAUAUCACCCGAGGCAAAGCUGCACUGAGCGUUACAGGAGGUCCACAAAAGACCAAACGUGUCGACGAAUUCAAAGAAAGCAUCUUACAAAAGAAGGAUGCCAUGAAGACAGCCGCGGGAUCGAUCGGAAAGCAUCCUGAACCAGUCACAUUACUUGACAAGUCCGCGGAUUCUGUCCCUGAGGCCUUGGCGAGGCGCAAGACUUUACACAAAACUGCUCCCUCUACCGAGAAGGUCGAUGCCGCAAAGACAUUUGAUCCUCCAAGUAAGACAACUGCUCCAGCAGCGGCAGCCCACAUUGGGCCCGAAAAGUCUGCGGCACUAAAGAAAGGAUCAUCUGCGCCUGCACAAGUCACAGUCGGCACACCGUCGAAGUCUGCAGAUAAUCAUAAUGGAGUGGUGACAGCAGCAGCAGCACCAGAAACGUUCGCCAAGCCAGUUGUGCUGUCAAGUCGAAUCCAACCACAGCUACCGGACACAGGGAAGGCUGCUGAUGCUGUCGAACCUUUAUCGGCCGCUAGCAUCAAACCAAAGGUCUCCGAGAAUAGUAAGAUUGCAGCUCGGCUGAACCCUGCGCUUGCUGGCUUGCUGUCGCGAAGCGCCAGUCCUAAACUUUCUGCAGACCAGUCAUCUCUUACUAGUGGGCAGCGCGAAGGCCAGACCACUGAGCGCUCUUCCAGUGAAGGUGCAGUUAACAGUGCCCAGGAAUUGACACACAUGACGAAGGGUCGAGCAAAAGGUCCCAAAAGAAGAGUGCCGAAUUCCAGUUCGUCAUCCAAAGAUACUACACAACCAGAGAAGCAAGAGGCUGCGUCACGGUCAGCCAACACGGUUGCAGACAACCCUUCCAUUGUUAAGUCUGUGCCGAAGGCGACCAAUUCAUUACCCUCGCGAUCUUUCAGUCCUAAGCCUUCGCCGAGCAAGCCGAAUACGCAGGCGGACAGCCCGCAAGCAUUUCCAAGGAGAUCCGGCGACAACGCACAAAGAGUCCUGCCGGAACCUGAAAGUGUCAAAGGAGGACCUAAGGUCGCAGACCAAUUUGACGGUGGUUCCUCCAUGACGACAGGACCAACUUCAAGCGCAGCACCAAAGCCGCGACCAGCUGUAGCAAACAAGUCCGCGGAGUUGAGAAAGGUCUCGCAAUCCACCACGUCUUCCAACGGCAUCGACGGCGCUGCUGCGAAACCAUCUACUCCUAAGAAGUUCGAAAUCCUGACUGAUCGGCCGGUACCUGUGGCAUCACCUCCAGAGUCGGACGGAGAGAGAAAGUUGACGUCGCAAACUCCGGCUCAGAGCUCGAAGAUGCCGCUAACACCUAGCAAGACCAAGCUGAACACACCAAGACCAUCGAAGCCGAUCAUCGAAAGCCCAGCAAAGCCUGCCAUCACCACCCCCGCUUCUAGAGUCAAUGGCCUCGGGUUGCAGCUAGGAGCGUCGUCCAAAACAGUAGCUGCCACACCGGAACUCACACCCCCACCCGAGGUUGAAGUUGCUUCCUCUCGGAUAUUGUCAUCCCCAAGCAAGGCUUCGUUACCAUCUAAGUCGUCUUCUACACUGAAGCCUCGGCUCGAAACGUUCUUCGGCAGCCUGCCUCAAGCGAAGGAAAAGGCGGACUUUGACACAGAGGCGUUCCUGAUCUCUCAGCACAAGGUAGCAGAAAAGCCCAAGACACUCUCAAAUCAGAUCUGGGAAGUGACUGGUGACGGAAAGAGGACACCCAUGCCACCUCAACAAGAGCACAUACUUUUCGAAGACUGCAUGUACUUGUCGGUACACUCCAUGCAGUCGUCGAAUGGUUCGAAGACGAAUGAAGUCUAUCUUUGGUGUGGAGACGAGGUGCCUGAAGCGGCUGUCGAGGAUGCUCAAUUGUUCUGCAGAAAGGUUGCCCGCGACAACAAUGCCAAGUUACAGGUCGUCAAGCAGGGCAAAGAAAGCUCGGAGUUCUUUCAGGCACUGGGUGGCAUUGUCAUUAUACGAAGAAACAAGGCCUCGGCGUUGUAUAUGCUGUGUGGUAAACGGCACCUCGGGCACGUCGCUUUUGACGAGGUUGCCUUUUCUACUUCCAGUCUGGCUUCCGGAUUUCCUUUCUUAAUAUCUGCCAAGUUUGGGAAACUCUACCUAUGGAAGGGGGUCGGCUCCAAUCAACAAGAUGUUGGAUGUGCGAGGCUUAUCGGCAUGGACUUGGGUCUCACUGGAGAGAUUGAAGAGGUUUCCGAAGGCCAGGAACCUGCAGGUUUCUGGGAGGCAUUUUCAUCCCAAUCUCCAAGAAUAUCACGAACGAAAAGACUCCCCGGGUCGAGCGAAGCAAGGAGCUGUCUACCUAAGCUGUACCGUGUUGAACACGACCGACCGAAAUCGUCAAGUGGCUUCUGGGGUUUGCGGUCGGCCUUACCACCGAAGCAGUCCAACAGUGCGCUCAUGGAGGAAAUCUCACCAUUCACCCAGAGAGAUCUGGACCCCAAUCACAUACAUCUCCUUGACAUAUACGAAGAGCUCUAUGUGCUCGUUGGUGCUUCUGCCAAAAAACCGGCGGAAUUUGUCACCGCGGUACAAGUUGCACAAGAAAUUGCUGUUCUUGCACCAUCAAUACAAGACCGACCACUCUUGCCUGCUUGUUAUGUUGUGAUGGGUGAUCCUCCUCAAAUUAUCAAAGAUGUCUUUCGGAAAUGGAGACCGGACCGGACAACAGCUUCGUGUAAGGCCCUGUGUAUACGGGUCGAAGAAGUCCUGGGGGACCUUGGCAUUACCUUGUAAACGAAUAUUCAUAUCGCACAUUGGGCAUGACGAAUUCGUGUCCUUUUUUGAGACCAACUCUAACGCUUCUUUUCUUGACAAGGUCAUUAUUGUACAUUUUUACCCUUUCUUGUAUGACGGACGAUUGGGCCAAAAGUCGGAUUCAGAAUUGAGACGGACGAAUGAAAUGAGAUGGGUAUAUGUUGGAGGUUGCUACGCGAGAAGCUAGACUGUCGAUGAGCUAUGGAAAGGACAUUCUACCGAAUUCAAAUGAAAGUCAAUGUGGUCUGUGGAGGACAAGAGCAAUAUUCCGGCGACUGGGUCGUCGUCGUCUACCACAGUCUUCGCUGUACUCCAACGUAGGAUAAAGUCCAAUGGGCUGAGAGCACGUGAAGAUAAGGAAAGCACGGAAAGAUAAGGAAAGAUCUAGACUCGGAACAUGAUAUUGG